UAUCUCUCGGAGUUCGUUGGUGUCGGUUCGUACGCAAGCAUGUAAGCGGACGUCCGGUCGUUACAACAACAAUAGCAACAAAACAACACACAACGAUAUGCAGCAGCAGCUAAAUAGUGUGGUGUAGCAGAAGUGUGUUUUAACUUGUUGUUUUUUGUAUUAUUGUUUUUAUUAUCUCACUAAAAGUGAUACCCAAAGUAAGCCAAAAUAUAAUAAUAAAUAAAAGAGAAGAAAUAGUUCAACGUGGAAGUUAAUGAAAAGCAAGAAGAAAAGUGUUUUGAUUUGUGAAAGAAAGAAAGCAAAUUUUUGUAAAGUUUUGGCAAAAAAGGAAAAUUCAAAGUGAAAAGUUAAAUUGGAAUUGAAUGAAAAAAAAAUUAAUAAAUGUUGAAUGAAUGAAAUGGAAGGAAAAUAAGAAAAAGAAGCAAUCAAAAGCAAAUGUAUAUGCAGAAAAAAAGUGUAAAAUAAUUUCGUGAAUUUUUGUGCGUGGCUGUCUGUGUGUACGUAACAUCAUCGUCAUCGUAGUAGUCGUCGUUGUUGCCCGCUAGAAGAGUAAACGCUUUUUUGCAGCUGUUUUCGGGGCGACAGCAAACAAUAUUUAGCCCAACACCCCCUCUUCAUGCCUUUCUCAGCCACUGAAGAGUGAGCGGAGGCUCCUAAAGUGCGUUUGUUGAGUAUGAGAAGUGCGAAAAUCAAAUUAAUUUUCUGUCAAGUGCUGCUUGCUGUUGCUGCUGCUACUGCGUGAGCGCCAUUGUCGUCCCAAGGCAAACAUUGUUGAGCAUGUUAAAGAAAUCGCAAUAUAGUUGAUAUCAAUAAAGGCAGAAGGCAAAAAUUCCAAUUAAACUACAAAUUGAGAAAUCAAUAAAAUUUUCAGUGAGUGGUGAAAAGAAAAGAUAUAAAUUUCUUAAAAAAAAAUAAAAAAAAAAACUUAAGUGAAUAAUAUUAAAUAAUAUUCUCACAAAACUUAAAUUAAAAGCAAAACGAAGCAGAAGAAGAAAAAUAUUUUAGUGUUUGUCAUUGUGCGUAGAUUGAGGUCAUUCAUCACUGCAAACAUCAACCACAACAACAAUAGCGUCAUGUAACACGACACAACGGCAGAGGCAAAGCCGAAGUGAAUGUUAACGCCAACGUCCCUACCCCCACAUUAAUGCUACAUACCAACAUAUUAGCGGUUUAGUUGAUACAUUAAAAGGCAACAACAAAACUUAGAAAACGCAACCCCACUCCACACCGCUUCGUUGACAACAAAUUUUUUACAAGUGUCACUCACACACCAAGCCAGUGCGAGUGUAACGUGUUUGUGUAUUUGAAGAAAGAAAUAGUGUUUUAACGUAAACGCAAUUUUAUUGUUUUUGUUUUCAUUUCGUUAUAACGGAGAGUUCAAAACACACCAGCCACAGAAAGAGUGGAGAGUAAAAACGUGAAUGUGCGAGAGAAACAUCCAUGGAAAAGUGAGAGCCAACAAGAGGUGGCUGUGUUUUGGGGCCAUGAAUCCCAUGCUAUUGUUGUUUUAGCUUUUUGCAAAUACCUAAACUAGAGAACAACAACAAUUAGAAAACAGCUGCUGGUUUUUGAAUGGAUGACAGCAAGUCAGCUUGCUUCUCAAAAACCCCAUAUCGUAUUGUUGUUAUGAUUUUAAUACGCUCCAAAAUUUACAUAUACAGAGAGCAAAGAGCAAAUAUUUUGCAUAUUUGAAACGUGUGUACGUGUGUGCGCGAGUGUGUUGUUUCGUUUCUUUCGUGGAGAAAAAUAUAAUUGAGAUUGAAAAUUAAAAUCGAUAUAAAUGAAUGAUAAAUACCCAUGCCAUAUAAAACAGGUGAUGAAGGUGAAUAAUUAAUGAUAAAGAGCAAUGGAAAAAAAUGUGUUCGUUCAGCAAACAACGCAAGAUGAUGACAAAAAAAAUUAAAUAAUCGUAGUACAUAACAGAUGUGGAAAUAAAGACGUUAAUAAACGCAAUUAAAUUUGAAGCGUAACUCAAUUUUAAAAAGAUGCUGAGAAAUAAAUGGCAAAAAAAUCAAGAAAAAUAAUUCAAAAGCUAAGAUAAAUAUGAUCCAAGAAGUUUAAAAAAUAAAUUAUCCAUUAAAAAGAAAAAUAUCUGUGUCUAAUAAAUAUCGGUGAAAAUCAAUUAAUUAUAUCUAUGUGAGAUUAAAUUGAAAAAAAAAACAAAAGUGAAAUAUUAUUAAAAACUUAAAGAAUUGAAAAAAAAAUAUUUUAAUAUUCUUUAAAAAUCUCAUACAAAUCCUUAAUUUAAGUGAAAACAGUGUUAAACAUACAAAACAAAUUAAACUGUACAUUAACAUCCUCAACGUGCUCCUCUACAUCAUAUUUUUUGAAAGGAUUCACCCAAAACAAUCAAACUGAAGUCCAUAAGCAACACCCUUAUCUAAAAUCCAAUUUCACAUUAUGGCUGCUACCAGUGCUGGCCAUCAAACGCUGCAGCAACAACAGCAGGCCACAAAUGCUGGGGCUCAGCAAAAACUGAACAGUUCCAAUUCGACCAUUAAUAUUGCAAUGACAAGAAAUGUGCAGAUGCAACAACAAGCGCCUCAAAUACAUAAUUUGCAACAGCAGCAACAAUUAAUGCAGCAAUAUACCCAGAAGCAGCAACAGCAGACACAGCAACAGAUAAACUUCACAAUGCAGCCGCAGCAGCAGCAAUCGUAUCUUAUGCAACAGCAGCAGCAGCAGCCGCAACCGCAACAACAAUCUCAACAACCACAAGCAACAUACCAAGUCUCUACGCAGCCAUCACAGCAACAAAUGCAACUGAAAUUGCAGCAGCAACAGCAGCAAUUGUUUCAGAAUCAAAAUAGCCAAUUUGCUAGCAAUAUGAUGCCCUGCCAGAAUUUCAUGACACCACCACCCCAACUGCACACACAACCACAUAGAGGCAACAUCACCACCAGCUCGAAUAGCCUCAACUUGGGCAACACCAUCACUUGGAGUCCACAAUAUCAAAAUUUUCAAUAUGGUCGCAAGCCAAUACCCAUAGUGAAUAGUAAAAUUGGAAAUGCAGCAUCACCUAGACCCGUUGUAAAGCAGCAGUCUUACAUUAUGGCUACACAAACUACAACUAGCCCCCAAAGCAACGGUAGCAGCAGCCCUAUUGCUGCCAAUCCCCAAUUGCUGCAGCAACAUCAAAAUGUCCAGCAGCAAGCAACAACACCAAAUAGUCAGCAGCAAACAGCAAGUGUAGCAAAUGCCGCCAUACCAACAAAAACGGCAACCCCAAGACCUGCUGAACAUCAACAGCAGUCCAAUGUUGCACUGUCUAAUGGCACAAGCAAUAAUGGUUCGAGACAAACAGAAGUUGCUGCUAGUGACAACCGAAAUGUUGCCACUAUUAAUAAGAGCAACGUCAAUAACAAUAACAACAACAACAGCAGCAAUGUUGUUAAAGAUGUGCCAAGCACUUUACCAAAAACCUUUCUAACAAAUGGAUUAAAUGCAAAGCCAGAGGAUGCUAAGGGCAAACAGCAGGAGGGAGUUAAGGCCAAUUUGCCACCGGGUUGGAGAAGAAACAACAACAACAAUGAAAUUGUUUAUACAAGUCCAACCGGUGUGACACUGCGUUCAGCAUUUCAAAUUAAGGAUUACUUAUUGUCAGCGGGUACCUGUAAAUGUGGAUUACCAUGUCCAUUGCGGCCAGAAUGUUUCUUCAAUUUUAAUGUUCAGGUUCCUAAUACUCCACUAACGGCUGCUGCAACAGCGACAGUAUACCAAAAUAAUAGCAAUGGCUUUAACAACAACUCCUCCACGUCCGUUAACCAGCAACAACCAACUACAAGCAACUCCUGCUCAUCGUCCUCAUCUUCUUUAGCAACUUCAACAAUAGCAUCGUCAUCAGCAUCGUCUCUACCUGCCUCUAGUUCACCUUCAUCGUCGUCGUCAUCGUCAUCAUCAGUGCCACCAAAUAUUUUGUCAUCUAUAUCAACGGCAGCAACAACGCCAUCUGGUACAGCGCCUUCAUCGUUGGAUACUACGGCGGCAACGGCAACAAUACCCUCGGCAACACCUUCGUCAUCGUUGACAUGUUUGCAUCAGCGUCGCUUUCUAGAUUGCCAGCAAUUACAUGCACAACCCACGGAGUUAUUUAAUAAAGGUAUGUGUGUUGAGUGUGAUAACCUGAUAAUGUCGUUGGACGACAUUGGUAAUUAUUUGUUCAGAAACAAUUUCCGUUCUGAGACAGAUCAUCAGCCAUAUUUCGAUUUUGACUACUACGACGACGAUGCAUUUAUAAGUGGUAAUUUUCCAAAUAAUUCAAGAAAAGUGUUACGAUCAAAACGAAAAAAAUUAUAUAAUAAGCGGCGUAAAAUAGCCCACACCGAGGCUACAUCGAUGAUGAUUGACAACAAUCUCUUGGAUGUCUUGUCACCUGCUGCAGCUGACUCAGAAUCAAUGUUUGCCGCCAAUUCCAACAAUAUGGAUGUUGCCAGACAAUGCACUAGUCAAAAUUAUAGGAUGAUGUCAGCAUGCAUCAUGGAGGAAGAACAACAGCAUACAGAACGACAUCACCAGCACCAGCACCAACACCAUCAUCAUCAGCAACAGCAGCAGCAGCAACAACAACAACGGCCACAACCUGUGAUAACAAACUGCUACACCAACAAUAAUAAUUGUAACGCCAAUAACAACAACAACAGCAACAGUAACAUGAUGUUGGAUAGUUCUAACAAAACAUGGCCCAAACAUGAUGGAAUGACCAUGACACAUGAAGCCUCAGCCCAUCAGCAUCUGCACACUGACAACAACUGUGGAGAGUGGCCGCAUAUGAAUGCGAAACAAAUGUCACAGCACAAUGUGUGUUCCCAUCCACAUCAUCAGCAGCAACAGCAGAACAAUCACCAGCAACACCAUCAUCAACAUCACCAUCACCAUCCUCAUCAUGCACCUGAGCCUCAUCUGCAAGGCCAGCAGCAACAUCACUGUUCCGAAUUUCACAGUAACGAGCAACAACAAACUUCCUCGUCAUCAUCAUCGUCGUCGUCAUCCUCAUGUCUAUACAAGGACGAUCUAAAUGGAUAUUUACAACAUCAAACGGAAUUGGUGCACAAUUCAAUGAUGGAUGCUGUUCAACAGAGACAGCAUAACUCCCAUCUCCAAAAUCAUCAUGCACAUCCACAAACCCAUCAUCAGCAGCAACAUCAGCAUGGCAACAAUGAUUUAUUUAAUCAUGAAGAUGAUGAUAAUGAGGAAGAUGAAGAGGAAGCCGAAGAAGAAGACGAUGAAAUGGAAGGUGAAGAUGAAGAAGAGGAGGAGGAGGAAGAUGAAGCUGGUGUAAAUCCCGAAAUGCCUGGCAUAGAGGAAAAUGAUGAUGAUGAAGAUUUGGAGAAUGAUAUGGGUGACCAAAAUGAAAAUGAAGCAGCUGAGCAUAAGGAAGGCAAUGCAAGUUUGGACUUUCUUCACAGAGAAAUGUGCAUGGGUCAUCGUCUGGGCGAGCAACAUGUAGCAUGUGCCGGCCAUGAAGCCCCUGGCCCUGAGCCAGAGGAUGAUGAUAACGAAGGUGAUGAAGAAGAGGUGGGUGAAGAAGAUGAUGAAGACGACGAGGCUGAAGAGGAAGCAGAUCCCCAUGAUCAAGAACAAGAUGAAGAGGAUGAAGAAGAAGACGAAGAGCCAGAGCAGCAACCGCAAGAAGCCACUCGUGCUACCGCCCUUGCUGAACCCUUGGAACAAACUGUGAUUGAACAACCUCUAGAGGAGAAUUUUAAGCACGGCAGGCUAUUGGCAAACAACCAAAUCAACCAAAACACAAUGCCAGCAACAUUUUAUCAAAUGCCUGCCAGCAACCAUCAGCCAGAGAAGCAGAGACCAACAGUCUGCUCCAAUCUGCCACGUUUGGCUGCUUUUACCCAAAAACUUAAUGAAUUGAAGGAUAACCAAAGCCAAUUGCAGACUAUGAGCCAUCAACACAGUCUGCUAGGGCAGGCUCAAAUAAAGCCCGCUACCAUUAAGUUGGUACCCACAGCCCAGGAGUCUCCAGUAUCCUCCAGCACUUUACUAGGAGCAAGAUCCACCCCCGAUCUUCAAAGAUCUCUAAACGGGGAGACCAACAAGAAACCCGAGCAGGUGGGUGCCAUAUCUACCAGCAAUGAAAGUCCAAGGCCCUGCACACCUUCUACAAUGGCUUGCCCGGAUUCCAAUAAAACACUGCAACCACCAUCUUCUGUGGCUGCAACAAGAACCAUAUCCUCUCCCAUGCUCUCGCCCAUGACACAGAGUAACGCCUCCCUAAAAUCACAGCACCAGCAACAGGUGAGAGCCGCUAUGCAACAAAGCAAAGGACAAAUGACCACAAAGUCCAACCAACCCAGUCAGCAGGUACGUGUAGUGCGUCAAAUAAAAAAUAUGACCCAGCAACAGCCCACAGUGCAGCACCAGCAACAACUAGGCAGCCAAUUGCAAAGAUCCCAAAAUAACAACACAACCCGGACAACCCUUACCACAAUAGCUGGUAAUCGAGGAUCAGCCACAACUACCACCUCAACAGCUGCAGCUUCGUCUGUGUCGGGGCAACGCCUUGCCCACAGUACUGCCACUAUGGGGCAAAAACUGCAGGCCACUCUUCAAAAGCUUACGGCCUCAACUUCGAAUAACAAUGCCAGUAAUACCCUAUCUCUGGGUCAAUUGCAGCUGCAACCCUUACUAAGAGCUGCUAGCGACUCUAGCGGAAAUUCCCAGAUUAUAAUGACCUCCACUGGACAGAUCAUUGUAAUGCCGUCCUCGAAUAAUAAGGCCAAUAUGCAGCACCAACAGCAAACCCAGCAACAACAGCAGCAGCAACAAGUGAUUAUAGCCAGCAGUAAUGCAACAGCAACCACUCAGACAGCACCUACAACAAAUCUCAUCAUACAACAGGGUGAGGUUCUCAACAAUUCUGGCCAGCUGACUGCCACUCUGCAACAACAGCCCAAUGGUAGUUAUAUAGUCAGUCAGCCUGCCGCGGCAACUGCGGCCAAUACCACUCAACUGCAGCCGACUACGGUCAUCUUGAACUCAGGGCAAAAUAUUCUCUCCAGCAAUGGAGCCAAAGUCUUGACCAAUGCUGGCAACAUUCUACAUGCCACGGCCCCUCAGUCUAUCUUGACAACAGGAAAUCAAUUGAUUACCGCACAGGCUGCCAACAGUGGCACCAAUGUCUUGGGCCAACAGACUGUUGUCCUAAAUGCCCUACCCAACGGCGGCUAUGUUAUACAGCAACAGCAGCAAGCUACAGCUACUCCGGCAGCAGCAGCAGCUCCACAACAAACGCAACAACAAUAUGCCACCUUGGACAGCCAGGUGGUGUCACAGCUCGUACAACAGGCUGAUGGCACUAUAAUAUCUCAAAAUCAACCCCAAAGAAUCAUCAUUGCUGCCUCCUCAGCAGAUCUUAAGAGGCGCACCAAGAAACGCAAGAACUCUCCUAGUCCCUCGCCUGCAACCAACGCUCAGGCUCUAAGCAACCAAAUAUCCAAUCAAGCCACCACGCUGCUACAGCAGCAUGCCGUCAAUAUACAGGCAGCCGCAGCUGCAGCAGCGGCGGUGCAGCAACAACAACCUGCUGCAGCACCACCGCCACCCCAACCACAAGUGGUGCAACUUACCACCACUGCUGCGCCAGCGGCCACAGCCACCUCGGCUGCCUCGUUCCCCCAACAAUUCCAAUUGGGCUCCACAGGAAUUCAGGGCAUAGUGGUAAGCAAGCCAGCCACCACCGCAGCCCCUGCCAAUAGUCAGCCCCAACAGAUUAUUCUUCAAAACGGUCAAAUCAUACAGCCCAUGAAUUUGCUGGGCCAACAAUACCAGUUAUUGCCCACAACGGGUCUGGUUAUGGGACCCGAUUCCACUUUGCUGCAGAUACAAAAUGUCACUGGACCCACAGCCAAUAUUCUAACGGCCACCACACCACAGGCCACCAUGAUGUUGCGCGCCACUUCUCCACAAACCAACAAAUCGUUCAUUUCAUCCACGGCCACCGGCCAACAAUUCAUUGUGGGCAGUAAUGGUCAGCUAAGUCCAAUUGGGCAAAUCUAUUCCACCCCCAUGGGUUUGGUGAUGCCCGCUACCACCCAACACAGCACCACGCCAACGGCCACAUUCGUACAGCACAAUGGCACCGCCAUUCAAGUGCAACAACAGCCGGGCGCAACGCAUCAAUUGAGUGCCACCACCACCCAGCAUCACCAUCAUGUCACAUUGCAGGCUGCUUUGCAGCAACAUCAACAAAAUCUGAAUCAUGUUGUCAGCCACCAACAACCAUCGGUGGGUAUUGUUCUCGAAACGGCCACAUCAUCGACCACAUCGCCAAAUGUGCAGCAGACGGCUAGCAAUAGUUCACGUUCCUCGUCGGCCGCUAGUCCACCUGAUACCACCACCCAUAGUCCUCGCAGCCCGGAAAGGCCACCCAGUCAUCGUAGUGGUGGCAGUGAUAUGGUUCAAUGCGUUUCAAGUUCAGAGCCGGAUGGUGGCACCGUUUCUCCCAUGAGCACAGAUAGCAGGCAAUCGCCAUCGACCACGGUGUGUGAUAAAGGCAUUGUUAUGUCAACCGCAUAUCAACAAAACACCACCAAUGUCUAUAAACCAUCGGAGGCAAAAAUUCGUCGUGUGCAAACUCCUCCUCAAUAUCAAGUGAUUGGAGGAGGUAAUGGAGCAGCAACGGCGGCCACAGCUGUGGCAGCGGCUAGUACCACAAAUAUUGGAGCCAUUACCAAUCUAACGCUGCACCAACAUUCGGCGACCAGCCAUAACUCACAACAACAGGCUUUGCAACAACAACAUAAACAUAUGGACAUGUCUAACAUAAAGCCUUCAGAUACUCAUGAUUCACCACAGAAUUCUCCCACUACAACGGUUAUGCUAACGCCACCACCACCGAGAACACCAACUCCCUUGCAACAGCAACACCAGCAGCAGCAGCAACAGCAAUUUCAGCAACUCCAAUUACAACAGCAGAACUUUUUUCAAAACUCUUCAAUGACUUCCGUUUCCGAUCUACAACAGAGCCGAGUGCCACAACACAAAACUCCAACCAAACAAAACCAUCAACGGAAUCGUAAUAAUCGUUCUUUGAAAUCAUCACCGGCACUUAGGCAACAAAGGGUUGUUGAUACAGUCGAGGAGACAGGCACUGUAUCACCAGCUCCCACCUCCAUAUCACCAUCCACCACAGCAGCUUCCACAUCUGCCUCCACACCUCCCCUGGCCAUGAGCUUAAUGCGUACAUUUGCUGUGGGUGAAUUGAUAUGGGGUCCGGCUCGUGGUUUUCCCGCUUGGCCGGGUAAAGUUGUAAAAAUUCCCGAUAAUCAACAGGAGUCGGUGUGGGUUCAAUGGUUCGGUGGUGGUGGCCGUUCAAAUACAGAAAUAAUGGCUACAAAUCUAUUGCAAAGUCUCUCUGAGGGUUUGGAGGCUCAUCACAAGGCCCAAAAGGAUACAAGAAAGAGCCGUAAAUUGAAUUCACAACUUGAAAAAGCCAUACAAGAAGCAAUGACCGAAUUGGAUCGUAUUUCAGCUACAUCAACCACGAACAGCAGCAACACCAACGGCAGCAGUAGCAGUACCAAACAACAGCCUUCAUCCUCCACGCAACACCACAAUAGUCCCAAUAGGGCUCCCAAACGUCUUAUACCACGUACAGGAGGUUUCGAUUUGAUAGCAGGCCUAACCGCCAACAACACCUACACCACGACCUCAUCAAAUGCCAUAUCCACCACCACUGUUGGAGGAUCAUCAAAUCGACCCAAGCCCAUACGUAUAGCUCCAGCACCGGCACCUCCCAGCAGUGCCUCACCAUCCAAGUCGUCCACCACCAAUGUGGCUAUAUCGGCCACAACAACCGCCAUUGCUGCGGUAGCCUCGGCAACGGCCACCUCGACUUGGGUUAAUUCAACAUCAACAGCGGGUAAAUGACAUCAUCCCAACAAGGAGUUGUUGAAGGCUCCUCCUGUGGUGGUAAGUUCUAGUUCCAUUACCAAUACAACAAUAUCGACAACAACCACAGUGAAUAAUGGCAGUCCCCAAUUGGCAUGGACCAUGCAGGGUGGCUAUACACUGGUAAUACAAAGAACCUAAAUGGUCAAUGCAAAACAAAAACAAAAACCAAUUGUUAUUAACUCUAAACAAAACAAAACAAAGGAAAAUAGAUAAACAAGCUAUAGAUGUAUGUGUAACUAUAUGUACAUGUUCGAUUAUGUAUUAUCCCUUAAGGAAUUGUUAAUGCAGUGUUUUAAAUACUUAAGCAUAUUUAUCGAUUGAUCAUUUGACAAAAAAUCCAUUCAUUGUACAGAUACGAGUAUCUAAUGAAAGGCUAUUGAAAGUCCUUGGCCCGCAUUAGAUGAAGUUUUAAGGGACUAUCAUCAAACCAAACAAAGAUUAGAUUUAAUAAUAUUAUCAUAAGAUAGCUGAAAGAAUCUACUUAGAUAUUGUAUUACAAAACAAAGAAAGGCUUAAAUAGUUGCAAAGGAUAAUAGUUAGGAAUAUGGAGGAUAUCACUUGCUUUAGGGAUAAAAGGCAUAAAAGACUUUAUGACCAGAAAGGAAGAGGAAAAUUUGUGUGUCGUCCCAUAUUGAAAGACGGAGAGCCGGAUAGAAGAAGACUCCAUGGAAGUAAAAGUCAAUGUAGAUUUAGCCGAUAUAACUUCCCUGAAUGUUCUAUAGAUUAUUGCAAACGGCAUAAUCUGUCAAC